AUGCGCCUUGCCUUCUCUUCCUUCCUGGUGGCUUUCGCUACUACUGCUGCAGGUCUCCGCAUCCUCAGUCCAGCCAUCGAUCAAAAAGCGCCCCAAGAUGGCAGUAUCACAGUCAGAUGGGAGUCUGUGUCGACCGAUCCUCCGAAGAUGGAUAUCUACCUGGUUAAUCAGAAUACGUAUCCAAACACUCAAGAGGUAAUCGCUACAGGUGUAGAUACCAGCCUCGGAAAAUACACGAUCAAAGCUAAGGACGUCGGUGAUGUUGAUACUGGUGGCGGUUACCAGGUCAACUUUGUAUCCACGACCGGUGGUGGCAUCCUGGCUCAGUCGCAGCAGUUCAAAGUGACUCCACCCAAGGCUGAAGCCUCUAGCUCUGUUCUACCAUUCUUGGACUAUCCCCUCAAGCACCGUUUCAGCAAGUCCUUCGUCAUACUUCUCCAAGACUUACUCUACAUCAGCCCCUUCAUCCUCCAUGUCGUCUUCAUGUUUGUCUUCCACGAGGACCCCAUCUUCUACUAUGUCCUCAUCUUCUGUCUCUCGCACUCCUUCGUCCCGCACCCGAGCUCCUCCACGGAUUCCAUGAAAACUUCAACCACUUCCAAGCACAAGGAGGCGGCAACUUCUACCGAAAGCGCAUCGGCUACCAGCACCUCGAACGCAGCUGGCUACCUUAUGCCUCCAAACCAGGCCGGCAGCUUGCUUCUGGGGCUCUUUGCCCUGGCCCUUUGA